AGUCACGGUUAUGGUUAUUAAUGGUUUUGUUGUAAACAAUCACGAUCUGAAAAAGUUGGUGUAAGUUUAAUUGGCAUUUUUAAUUGCAUAGCUCCGACCAAAGCUUAAUCAAGUAAUAUAUUUACGAACCUUUCGACAAAGGUUAUAUGCUUAGCAAUGGAUGGCUCUAGUAAAAAGUGCUAUGAAACUGAAUUCCUUUAUAAUGAUACAACUGAAUUUUAUGCUGAUUCUGUGGAAUGGUGUCCUUUUAGUAAAUAUGCAGAUUAUUUAGCAUGUGGAACUUAUCAAUUAGAAGAAACUGAAGUGAAAUCAGAUGAAACUCAAACUCGUAAAGGAGGUGUAACCUUAUAUCGGCUCUUAUGUAAAGAAGAAAAUGUUACUCUAAGAAAAAUUUAUUCAUAUGAUUCCUGUGGAGUCUUGGAUAUGAAAUGGUGUCCACAGCUCUAUGGAAAUUGUGCAUAUCUGAUUGUAGCCUGUAGUAGUGGCCAGGUUUUAUUACUGAAAUUAGUGGAUGAGGAAAACUCUGUUUCACUUAAACUAGAAAGUUGCCAAACUCUUGAGAAAAACACAAAAAACAUGGUUUUAUCUAUAGAUCGGUCCUGUGAAUCAGAAAUGAAUAUUAUUGCUUCAGAUACUUUAGGAAGUUUGAACUAUCUGACGCUUAAAGAUAGUAGUUUACUCUUGCUAAAUCGUUGGAAGGCACACAAUUUUGAAUCUUGGAUUUGUGCAUUCGAUUAUGCCCAACCUCAUAUGUUAUUUUCAGGUGGAGAUGAUUGCUGUUUUAAAGGAUGGGAUUUAAGAAGUUUAUCAUCUAGUAUUUUUGUUAAUAAAAGGCAUUCUAUGGGUGUGACUGCAAUAUCAAAGAGCACAAAAAGAGAACAUUUGUUGGUAACUGGAAGCUAUGAUGAAAAUAUAUUCUUGUGGGACACAAGAUCAAUAAAAUCCCCACUCUCUGAAGUAUUAGUCGGAGGUGGUGUGUGGAGAUUAAAAUGGCAUCCCUACAAUCCAGAUUAUUUACUGUCAGCCUCAAUGCACAAUGGAUUUCACGUUUUGUCUGUAACAAGUGAUAGUUUGAACAUUAUAAGUGACUAUAAAAAACAUGAAUCUUUGGCCUAUGGAGUUGAUUGGUGUUGGCUGAAUGCUCAGAAUGACGAUCCAUUGAAGGAAUUUAACUCAAGUUCGAACAAAAGCAAUUUUGUUGCUUCUUGUUCUUUUUACGACAAAUUAUUGCAUGUUUGGAAAAUCAAUUUGUAAUAUUUCAGUAAA